AUGAGCAACAUGGUUGCAUCCGCGCUGAAUUUGACACCAGCGGAGCGUCAAUCGUUUGCGCAGCUGUACUCAAUGGCGGACUCGACGAACGCUGGGGUCGUUACUGGCGAUGCGGCUGUCAAGUUCUUUGAAGGAUUUAAGCUACCUACGCUUACGCUUGGCCAGAUUUGGUCCAUAGCCGACAGCGGGAACAAUGGAUUUCUGACAUUCAAUUCUUUUGCAGUAGCUAUGCGCUUGACGGCACGAGCCCAGCGUGGCGAAAGUGUGAAUGAGCAGGCAGUACACAUUCCUGGUGAGCCGCCAGUGCACGAGAACGUUCUUAUGCCGUCCAAUGCGAUUGACUCCUCCCCCGUGUCUCUUAUCAGUCCUGAGGAUAAGGCCCGUUUCAUGCGAAUUUUUGCUAUGGUCGGCCCUACAAACGGUGUACUGAAUGGAGAUCAAGUGAAGGACGUAUUCCUCAAGUCCAAGUUGCCGUAUUCCAAGCUGGGUGAGAUCUGGAAUCUCGCUGACACAAAGCAGCGGGGUGUAUUAGACCUUACCGACUUUAUUAUUGGUAUGCAUUAUAUUCAGGGCACGAUGAAUGGGACCAUAACCACACUUCCGACGGUGUUGCCGAACGGCAUGUACGAGUCAGCUAGUGAUCAUUCCUCUGUGCCUUCGACGCCCUUGCAGCCACAACGAACAGGAACGGACCAGCACAUAAUGCCAAGCCCUGUACCUGCUUCUGCGCUUGCACCACCUUCUGCAUCGAUGCCAGCAGCGGCUCCCCCGCGCGCUUCAACUCUGUCCUCUGGACCUGCGCCUGAACGCUCCACGACGAUGCCUGCCACUGCUUUGUCAUCCUCUGGACCAUUAUCAGAUGGUUGGGCUAUUACGCCUGCAGACAAGACGCGCUACGAUGGUUUCUUUGAUUCACUUGAUACCGAACGUGCCGGAUAUGUGGAUGGCAGCGUGGUAGUGCCGUUCUUUUUGCAGAGCGGAUUGGAUGAAUCGACUCUGGCGCAUGUGUGGGACCUUACUGAUAUGAACCAGAGCGGCACGCUGACGCGGGACGAGUUUGCUGUGGCGAUGCACUUGAUUAACGAUCGCAUUUCCGGAAAGGAGCUUCCGCAGGAGCUCCCAGCCUCUCUUGUGCCGCCAUCGAUGCGCUCGCAAACCGGAACCAAGCAAACCGAAACUCAGCGCGACUUGUUCUCACUACUGGACACGGAUGUGCCUAGUAGUAGGUUGGAUGUUGGGUCGCCCUUUGAUGAUGCAGCUGUGGCUGCUGCACCGGCUCCAUCCAACACCAAGACACCCGAACUGCCAAAGACGAGUAGUGUGAACCCUGAUGCUGCCGCGGCCGGUGCUGGCCUCGCUACUGUGGCCAGUGCUAAUGCCGGCACCAGCGCUGUGACUGAUGGCUUGGGUGGCAAGCCUCGUGAGGUACCGCAAGCCUUUGACGAUGACUUUGAUGCACCGCUUUCGGCACUUUCGCGUGAUACCAAGGCUGAAGAGACUAGCAAGGCUCUAGAGUCGUCCAACAAAGAUUUGGAGGAUGUCAAGGCGCGCCGCGCUGCUGCUGAGUCGACGCUCUCGUCACAUUCGACGACGAUUGGUGAGCUGGAAGCGCAGCUGGCGCGUGCACGCAAUGCAUUUGCCUCCGAGCAAAUGGCUCUGAAGGAGGUGGAAGAUAAGGUGCAGGUGCAGAAUGCCGAAAUUACUAGCCUUCGCCAGGAUGUGAUCCGAGAAGAGAGUGAGCUAAGUGCUAUCCGCACACAGCGUGAUGAGCUGGAACAGAAGCUUCUCCAGGACCGUGAAUCUGCACACGAGCUUAGGCGCCAGCUCGCGGAGCUCGAGACAGAGACGUCGCGCCUGCGUGAAAGCCAUGGCGUUUUGGAGCAGCAACAGCGCAAGGAAGCGGAUGCUGCAGCCGCUUUGAACAAGCAGCUGUCGUCCGCACGCGACGAACAUGAGUCGUUGUCUCGGUCCAUGUCGCCCAAUGCAGGGGCACCACCGACCACGCGUGCCCGUAACCCAUUCGAGGCAUUGUACAACGAAGGAGACCACGCCUAUACGGAAGAGCCCGUCAGAUUUGACUCUCAAUACGGCUUUGAUGCAUUCACAGCGGCUGGUGCGGGUGUUGCUGCAGGUGCUACUUUGGGCGGCACUGCUAGCCAGGGAAAGGAAGCGGUGCCGGCCACCGAGGAAAACGAGCAUGAAAAGGGUCCCGAAGCCCCAGAUGCCAUGCGCCACGAUACAGCGCCUGACACGAACAUCCCACGGGAAGACGUGGAUGACAUGGACGUGCCUGGUGGUUUUCCGAGUCAGGCCCACACAGAGCCCUCGGCGCAUGCGACCUCAGCAGUGUCGUCCGCGCCAGGCAAGCCCGUUCAGGUCAUUGAUUUGCCGGCGCCUGAGCCGCAUUCGCCUAAUACAUCCGGCACUGCCGCCAUGCCAUCCAAUGAUGUCAUGAAGUCGAGUAUUCCUCCAUCUUCGGCAUCGACAGUGACUCUGCCUGCAUCCUCGGAGCCACAGACGCCCAGCUUGCAGACAUCGCAACAAAAAGACGACUUUGAGCUUGCGUUUUCUCACAUGAGUUUCGCGAAUGUGGUUCAGCAUCAGACAGAACCGGCUGCAUCAGGCGUUGCCCCCGCAUCGCUUGGUAAGAACCUUGGUGUUUCUUCACGUUCGCCCGUGACGGGAGGUGUACCUGCCUAUCUGCAGCAGUCCACGAAACUCACGGCCGGUGCGGCGCAGCAGCCCAUGUCGGGAGGCGUGCCUGUGCUGGCCCCGACCGCCGGAGCAACACCUCAAUCUACUGCCGCUCCAGUUUCGACACCCCAAGAUGCGUUUGAGGACAACUUCAGUCCGAACAAGCCGCUCUCGCCGCCACAGCCCACCCAAGCACGGGCGCCAACACCCCCUGUUCCCGGCGACAUUGGACCUGUGCGCCAGCUGUGCCAAAUGGGUUUCUCGCGCUCGCAGGUCGUCAAGGCGUUGGAGCGCAGUAAUUAUCGCACGGAGCGUGCCCUGGAGCGUCUACUUUCCCAACAACAGGCGCCAUAA